GUUACGGCAAUAUGACAAUACAACAUAUUAUGGCAAUAUAACAGGGCAACAGGUUACGGUAGAAAAACAGGUUGCGGUAGAACAAAACAACAGAUUUCGACAAUACAACAGUUUACGGAAAUAUAAAAAGCUAUUAUCAUUAUAG